GCCGACGCCGCUGCUCCGGUCAGUGCGCCGCCGUCCCCGGCGCCGCCGCCGCGGGCGCCCGCGGCAGCGGCGGCCAACAGGCCUUCCGCCGCCGACCGCGCGGAGCGGGCGCUGCGCCAGGCCGCGGAGCUGCGGUUCCGGGACCUGCACUCCAUGUUCCAGGUCCUCGACCGGGGGAACAACGGCUACGUCUCGGGGGCGGAGUUCGUGGAGGCGCUGUCCAGGGACAUCCUCUGCAGCUUCGGCUUCUCGGAGGCGGACCUCGCCGAGCUGGCCGGUCGCUUCGACCUGAACGGCGACGGGUUUGUCAGUUUCAACGAAUUCGCGCACUACCUUGAGGGCAAGGCUCUCCGGGCCCUCCCACCCGAGGGCAUGCUCUUGAGGGCAGCAAGAGGGUUGACCGCAGCAGCCCCGUGGCCAAUCGGCCAACUGAUUGUUCCAGCAGUGGCGCUGCGUGAUGUUCAGGCCCACCAGGCAAUGCUCUAA